AGACUGGAGACUGACAAAUUGACAUUGAAUUGCAAAAACUUCAAUUAAAUUUAUGAUAGUGACAUUUAGAGUAUACACUGUGUUUAAGAAUAAGUUUACUUGCUUUAAAUUCGUUUAGAAUAAUUUAAACUUUACACAUAAUAUGUUAAAUAAUUGAGUUGCUAUGCAAUUGAGUGAAUCUUUAAAGAGAGACCAGUCGCAUUGCGCUCGCAAUGCCAGGCGCAAAAUAUGAACAGCUGUCGUUAAAGUCUGAUGCCGACGAAGACGUGUUUACCAGUAAACCCAAAGGAAAAUGGUCUGAUAUAUGUUUUCAAAAAAGCCUUCUGUCGCUAGGAUUAAUAUUGCUUUAUUUUUCUUUAUCCAUUGGGCUUACUUUCUAUCAGAGAUGGUUGUUAAAGGAAUUUCACUUCCCCCUUACAGUGGUUAUGUACCAUUUAGUAGUCAAAUGGAUACUCUCAGUGCUAGUGCGUUUGAUACUGUAUAUGAUUACUGGUACACCACAGCUGAUGUUGUCUUUUAUCACAUGCCUGAGGUCUGUGGGACCUACUGGGCUCGCUAGUGGUAUAGAUGUGGGAUUUUCAAAUUGGGGUCUGGAACUUGUAACAAUUUCUCUCUAUACAAUGACUAAAUCAACAACAAUUAUAUUCAUACUUGGAUUUGCUAUUCUCUUAGGACUGGAAAAAAAGUCAUGGUCGUUGGUUGGCAUUGUGUUCAUGAUAUCAGUUGGUCUGAUAAUGUUCACAUACAAGGCAACACAGUUUAAUCUUCUCGGAUUUAACUUCUUGCUCCUCGCGUCGUUCGCGGCUGGUCUCCGGUGGACCUUCGCUCAGCUACUAAUGCAGAAGUCUAAACUUGGUCUCCACAAUCCCGUGGACAUGGUGUUUCACGUGCAACCCUGGAUGUUCUUAUCGCUACUUCCUUUCAUGAUAAUGUUUGAAGGUUUUAAGUGUAUCGACGAAUUACUCAAACUCUCACCCGAAGCAUUAAUGCCUACGAUACUUAAAGUGUCCGUGGGGGCGACGAUAGCCUUCGCUAUGGAAAUUAGUGAAUUCCUAGUCGUCACAUACACUUCUAGUCUCACGUUGUCUAUCGCGGGUAUAUUUAAGGAAAUGUGUAUUCUAGUCUUGGCUGUAGAAGUGAGUGGUGAUCAGCUCAGUUCCAUAAAUGUAGUCGGCCUGGCUGUGUGUCUGCUUGGUAUAAUCGGCCACAUCGUCCACAAGGUACUCGUUAUAAAAGCUGUAGUUGGCACUGUCAGCGCUAUCGACUUCGAGGACAUGGGUAGACCCAGAAAACUAAAGUCAAAGGAGGAGCACCACGAACCCUUAUUAGACGACAAUAAAUGGCAGAAUGUGGCCAGCGAGGAGAGCGACUUCGACUCCAAUGUCGUUCUUUUCGAAGUUUUGCAAAGGAGGGAUGGAAAAUGAUACAUAUUUAUAAAAAGUAUCGCUUGUUUA